UUUCUUAAAUGUUGAACUUCAAUAUAUUCUCAAAUUUUGUAAAUUUCCGCAAACGCAAAUUAAUAAGUUUGGCGUAAUGUUUAUUUUGUUUUAUUUAUUUUUCUCUAACUACUCUCUUAUUUUUGCACACUAUUUUUCACAGCUUCCCUUAAUUUUUAAAAAUUUCCUGUGUUUUAAUUAGAGUGAUCCUGGUGGGAUUUUCCGGGUUCUCGUCUUGGAUUUUCAGAGACGGACGUUAAUUCUAUCUCGCUUUAAAGUCUGAAUCUUGAUGGGAUUUUCCGGGAUCUCGUUCUAAAUCUCAGUAUUUUUAUAGACAGAUGUGGGUAUUUCUGGGGUUAAUCUUCUUCAUUUGAUCCUUGACUUGUCACUCUCUUUAAUUUUUAUUUUCUUUUAAUUUAGACUUGUUUAAUCAAAAAAUGGUUGUUCGAACAUUAAUUCCAUCACACUUUAAAGCUCCUUGGGGUUUUGCAAAGAAGGGUGCUAAAGGACUUCGAAAAAUAGGUCCACUGCAUUAUGAAUCGUGGAAAUGGCCUGGACAGAAUAGAGAAUUUCCUGAAUUGACUCCUAAAUGGCAGAAGGAUAAUAGAAUGGAAUUGAGACGAUAUACUGGUGUUCAACCAACAGGCUAUGAUGACCCAAAUACUGGCAAAUUUGUUCAUCUACCUGAAAUGAUUCCAGAAUUAAUUGUUCCUGAUUUGACUGGUUUUCCAUUGAGACCUUAUGUUUCCUACAGAACUGAUAUUGAAAUUGAAAAAAGGAUUGCGAACACCGACAAAAUUCUCGCUAAAAACCCCAAAAAUCCUCCAAUCGACAAAAUUUGGCCUCCUCCACCUGUUGACGCCAAAUUACUUUUUGAUUGUUUUUAUGCUGAUGAAAUAAAGAAGAAAUAUUUUGAAACGACAACUGAAAAGAAGAAAAAAAGUGGAUUUUUUGCGUCGCUAAUUAAGAAAAAUUGA